AUGCUAUCUCGCUCGUUUUCCAACACCUGUCGUCGGAACCAGGACAACUUGAACGAGAUUUUCAUUGCCAACACGCUCCGCUCGAACAAGUCCCAGCCUGAGAGCGAGUAUGUGAGGUGCACGGUUUAUGACCGCAAUGGCAAUAUCACCAUCCAUGGGUUGACCAUGCGGAAGCUGGAGUUCAUGAGAAAAUACGGCAUAGCCCCCCGGGACCUUCGCAAAAUGAUUCGUUCACACACCAACCACACGCCGGGCAACAAUGGCUUCCACAUGGAGUUCGUGCCGCUGAUAGUGACCAGAAAAAACUGUGUGCUCUUGAACUUGCUCAACAUCCGGGCCCUCAUCAUGUGCGAUUCCCUAGUCAUCUUCGACUAUGCCCAUAGCUCGCGUUUCACGGAGUCUUACUCGCAGGGCACGUUCCUAAAGGAGAUGUCCAAGCGCCUCAAGGUCUCACAUCCCGACGCGGCUUCUUUGCCCUACGAGUUCAGGGCCUUGGAGGCCAUUUUGGUGGACGUGGCAUCGAACCUCACCAUCGAACUCAACGUGCACAAAACCGUGUUGAACAACAUUUUGGCCAGUCUCGACAACUCUAUUGAGCGAGUCAAGUUGCGCUACUUGCUCAUCCAGCUGAAAAAACUAGGCCAGUUCCACCAGAAGGCCAAGCUCAUCAACGACCUUCUCCACGACUUGUUGGACCAGGACGACGAGCUCAACUCGCUUUACUUGACGGAAAUCCUGCAGGGCACCCACAGGCAAGCCUACCAUCAUCAGGAAAUCGAGUUGCUCUUGGAAUCAUACUAUGCUACGAUAAACGAGACCAUCCAGACCGUGGAGGAGCUCGGUUCGCAGAUCAAAACGUCCGAGGAGAUCAUCAAAUUUGUGCUCGACGCCAACAGAAACGACCUUAUGCUCUUGGGCUUGAAGUUCUCUAUAGGAUUGCUUUCCAUGGGUAUCACCAUGUAUGUCGCCGCAUUGUACGGCAUGAAUCUCGAAAACUUCAUCGAGGAAGCUGAUGGUGGCUUCGAGUUCAUUGUACUUGCAGGCUCCUUGGGCUUGGCAACGCUAUUCUUCUUCUGUACUAAGCAGCUUCACAAGCUUCAGCGAAUCACCAUGAGCAACGUGGCUCGCGACCAGGGUUUCCUAGACACCAUUCGCAAGAAGCCUUGA